UUUCUUAGCCUGGCUGGGCUACGUAGUGAGCGAGACCUUUUCGACGUGUUCGCUGCACGGAAACGUGGUUCGCAACAUCUUAAAAUGCAGGUUCCAGCGGUAUUUAUGGAUUUGCCCUUAGAGGACCAAGCACAAGAAUUAAGGGUAUAUUUCAAGAGUUUGGGCGCUGAAAUAAGCGAGGAGAAAUCACCGAGAGGAAUCGAAGAUGAUUUGCAUAAAAUCAUUGGCGUCUGCGACGCCUGUUUCAAGGAGGGAAAUGAAACUGAGAUUGAGACAAUUCUAAACGAUAUAGUCUCCAUCAUGGUUCUGAUUCCUAUUGAACGUGCUGAAAAUUUAAUAUUGGCAUUCUGUGAAAAGUUGACAAAAGCUCCAGGUCAAAAACUAGGAGUUGUCUGUCUAAAGGCGCUCUGGCUCCUGUUUCAAUCCUUGGAUGAAAAAUCGCCCAUGAGAUAUCAUGUUUACUACCACCUGGUACAAAUUUCACGCAAUGUGGAUCAAGUCAAAGCUGUGUAUGGCGGAGUGGAUCAACUGAAGGCACAAUUUGCUCCGUGUCCACCAUCCAAUGAACAAAUGCAGAAAUUAUAUCGCCUCCUGCACGAAGUGUUACUCAGUUGUAAACAAAGUGAACAAGCAGCUGCAGUGAUGGUUGCCCUACUAGGUACAUAUACCGCUGAAAGUGCAUCUGCUCCCAGAGAAGAUGCCCAGCGUUGUAUUUUGGCUGCGCUUGCCGACCCGAAUACUUUCCUGCUGGAUCCGCUGCUGGCUCUGAAACCUGUGAGAUUUUUAGAAGGAGAGCUCAUUCACGAUUUACUUCUAGUUUUCGUCCAAGAAAAAUUACCCGCAUAUCUUCAGUUUUACAAAAAUCAUAAAGAAUUCGUUGAGCAUAUACUAGGAUUGAACCACGAGCAGAACAUUAAAAAGAUGCGAUUACUGACAUUUAUGCAGCUUGCUGAAACAAAUCCUGAAAUGUCAUUCGACACUAUUCAAUCUGAACUACAAAUCGAGGAGAAUGAAGUAGAAAGCUUUAUAAUCGAUGUUUUGAAAACCAAACUGGUUCGAGCUCGAAUGGAUCAAGCUGGCCACAAAGUGCUCGUAUCAAGCACAAUGCAUCGAACAUUCGGCCGUGCUCAAUGGACCCAACUAAGGGACCUAUUGGCGGCAUGGAAAACCAAUCUUUCUGCAGUUCAGGAAGGCAUGAAAACUGUUGCGGCAGCUCAAAUCGAACUUGCGGCAAAAACAAAAUGAUCCGAAUAGUAGCAAAUACAUUUCAUUUCGAUCCAGCUCACGAUGACAUAUGGAAGUAUAUUUUACGUUCAAUCACACAUGAAACACUUUUACAACUUAAGUAUCGCUGUGAUUACUGUAUUCCAUUUUGACCGAUAGUGGGCAAUUAUGUAAACCUUUUAAAUUUGAUUUAUUCCUCAUAUUAUUAUAAAGAACUCAGUUACUCCAAACCAUGUUACACAGAUGUAAUGAAUGCAGUAGCUCCAUUUUUUAACAUUAAAAAACAAAAUUAUUGGAAUACAAACCCAA